AUGUUGGCUACAAUUCCAAUCGUAUUCAGCGCACCGCGUGGAUUGCCGAUGAUGAAGAAAAAUCAUCAAUUAUUGUGUCUUUAUCGGCUUGGUCUCGUCAGCGAAGUUCUUCAAAAUAAGUGUGUUGCUGUCUAUGUGGUGAAGCACAAUAAUGGGACCCCGGGUAAUGUUCAAGAGAAGACUCGAAGUGGGUGUGGGGUGGGCUCCACUCGGGUAACAUCAAUAUCAACAAGACGAUAUCAUAACUCUAUGAACUUCAUAACGUGA